AUGGUAAACCAACCACCCAAAAAGACUGCAGCCAAAGGCCGUCCAGUCACUGCUGCUCAGCGUCCCCCGGCCGGUCGUCCUGCUCAAAGGCCGAUUCAAAGACCCCCGGGUUAUCAACAAGUCGCCGCACCAAGACCAGUCGCCGGCCGUCCUGUUGUUGGUAAACAACCUGUGCCCAGCCAGGGCAUGCAAAUGGCACAAAUGAGGCGACCACAACAAGCAAACCCUGGUGUUUCAAGGCCUGCCCAGGCAAUGAGGCCAGGUCCACCCAGAGGACCGAAUUCGAGACCUCAACAGGUCCGCCACAUCCAGCAUCGACCAGUUCAACAAGCUGGACGAGCACCAGCACCACGCCCGGCUCCAGGGCAACACGCUCACAAGAGUGGAAGCUCGUCGAAUAUGAAAGCUGUCGCUGGUGGUGCUGCGGCCGGAGCAGCACUCGGUAUUGGAGGUGCUGUCAUAUACAACCAACCGAACAGCUCAACCAACGUUGUCAACCAGGAGCACAACAGCUACUCGUCUGAGAAUAAUAGCUGGCAGUAUGACAACCAUUAUGAUAACAAUGGUGACUACUACGACAACGGGGAAUACUACUAUGACAACCAAUCCUCUGAUAACGAGGGCAAUUACGACAAUAAUUAUGAUCCGGAUGCUAGGUAUGAGAGUGAUAGAAAUGACAAUCAUUACGAUGACCAGCCCAGUGUUUACACGCAAACACCAGCCCAAGACUCUAACAUAGUCAACAAUGAGGGUGAGGAAGACGGCCCUUGUGGUGGCUGCGGAUGCGAUGACGACUGUUGCGAGUGUAACAAUUGUUGUGAGUGCGAUAACUGUUGCGACUGUGAUGGUUGUUGUAACUGCUGUGGAAGCGACGAGAACGGAAAUGGAGGGUGUGUGGUCAUGUAG